CCUCAAGAUAUUUCUUCACCUCACACACACACACACACACACGCACACACACACACACACACAGACAGACACGAAUUCCUCCUGUCAGAAAUCUCUUUCAGACAGACGACACACACACAUUCUGCUGGAUGUUCUGGAUUUAUGGUGGAACUUUAAUUUUUCUUCGCUGCGACCACUGAGAGGGUUUGGAGGUUAUGUUCCAGACGAGGAGCUUGCUCAAGACUGUGACCUCCGCGUUCUUCAUCGCCACUCUCAGCCAUGCCGCUCUGUUCCCCGAAUCACUGAACAUCUCGAUCCAGUCGGAGAACAUGAUGCACACCCUGAAGUGGCGCCCUCUGCAGGAAGCCUGCUGUACUGUCAACUACACGGUACAGUAUCAGGGGGAGUUUGAAUACAUGCAGAACGACAGCUGGCUGAUCGAACAUUCCUGCUACGAGAUCGUCCAGACCGAGUGUGACCUGACCCUCGCCCUGAGCUCGGACUCCGAUUACAACAUCAGGGUCGCAGCGCGAUGCGACGACUCGACGUUGUGGACUCAGCUCCCGAACACCUUCAACCGCAGAGACACUGUGCUGCUUGUCCCGAACAUGGACGUGACUCCGAGAGGACGCCAAAUCGAAGUGAACUUCAGCGAGCUCCAGAAGCACAUCAGCAUAAACCUUCAUAUUUGGAAGAAAGGGGACGAGCAUAAGGCCAUCAGUAAGGAGAUAACGGAUAAGAAAUCCCAUCACGAUGCCUGGCUGGGCGGCGGAACAUACUGUCUGAAAGCGGACGCUAUCCUGGACAUCAUCAACAAGACCACGAGCACGGAUACACACUGCGUCCUUAUCCAGGAGCCUUUGCGGCUCAUACCUCUGUAUGUGGGCGUCGCUGUGGCAUUAACCCUCGCCGUGGCUUUGAUUCUGGGGUUGAUAACACCGCGUUUUAGCCUCUGGCUGCGGAAAUCCAUGCAUAAUAAAGAGCCACUGCCUAACGCGCUGAUUGGCUGGCCAAAAAGCGUCCCGAUAUUUUCCUCCAAGGUCCUGCUGGAGCCGACGCACUCCGUUUUACUGCUCGACCCAUCAGAAGAGCAGCACAGAACGUCGGAGAUGAAGGCGACGUGCGACGACGAGAGGGGAUGAGAUGAGAUGAGUCCACGAGAGUGACGCCACGAACCUGCUCAAUGUGAAAACCACGAAGGAACCAGUAGUUCAACGUUCAUGAAAUAAUAAGCCAUGAUUUCAACAUCGUCAUCUGUGAUGACGCUACUCCGAAGGAACUGUUUACUGGAUCUGUUUACUGAAUCGAUUCAUUGAACCGAUUCAGGAAAAAAUGACAUUCCGUGAUGAUGUAACGUGUAUUUAUUGCUAUGCAUCAUCUGGUGACGUCACUGAAGCACCGAACGUGGUUUGAGGCAGAGAUUUUUACACAAAAGAUUUCCAGUUCUUCCCGAGCGGAGAUCGUGACCGCGAAUCCUGACGAUGCCACGGCCGAUCGCGGCCGAGAGCCGAGGGAGCGAAAAUUACCCGUUACAUUUCAUUAAUGAAACAUAAAUUCGUUUGACCAAGUUGUCAUUUUUUAGGGGUGUGUUUGUGUUGUUUGUUGGUGUAGUUUAUCGGAUUGCUUUGUCUGUUUUGAAGUGUCCUUGUGCUUUAAAUAUACAAUAUAAAUUAAAAUCGUUGUUUUG